CUUUGGGGAAGCAGAGGGCUCGGCGCUUCUGGGAGCGCCGCGUGCGACUUUUUCGCCUGCGAGCUGGUGACAUGGCGGCCUUCACUGGCCCGGCCAAGCCGCUCCUGUCCCUGAACCCGCAGGAGGAUACCAAGUUUAAGAAGGAGGUGGCACAGGUUCGCCGGCGCGCAAGCAAGCAACAGGAGAAACAAAAACUUACUCCUGGAGUGAUCUAUGUGGGCCACUUACCUCCGUCGCUUUAUGAAACCCAGAUCCGAGCAUAUUUCUCCCAGUUUGGCACUGUUACAAGAUUCAGACUGUCCAGGAGUACCAAGACUGGAAAUAGCAAAGGCUAUGGCUUUGUGGAGUUUGAAUCUGAAGAUGUUGCCAAAAUAGCUGCUGAAACGAUGAACAACUACCUUUUUGGCGAAAGACUCUUGAAGUGUCAUUUUAUACCACCUGAAAAAGUACAUGAAAAACUUUUUAGGGAGUGGCAUAUGCCAUUUAAAAGGCCAUCAUAUCCAGCAGUGAAACGGUAUAAUCAGAAUCGGACACUUCUUCAAAAGCUACGGAUGGAAGAGCGAUUUAAAAAGAAGGAAAAAUCACUCAGGAAGAGAUUGGCUAAGAAGGGAAUUGAUUAUGACUUCCCUUCACUGGUCUUACAUAAAAAUGAGGAAAAUGCUUCAAACACUGGUCCUCGAAAUUCCAGAAAGCACCAGGCUUUACGUAAGAAGAAGAAAAAAGCGGCUUUGGUCACUUCUAACACUCCUGAGAAAACUGUGGAUAGCCAGGACCCCACGCCGGUUUGUACACCAACAUUUUUGGAGAAACGAAAAUCUGAAGUGGCUAAAAUGCAUGACGAUGAUAAAGAUAAUGAGAUAGUUUUCAAACAGCCCAUAUCUGGUGUAAAAGAAGAAACAAAAGACACUCAGACGCCUACAAGUUCAAGGAAAAAAAGACGAAAAAAAAGCACCCAGUAAUUCUGAAUGUAUUGUGUAUGGUGGUGGUUAUAAAAAAGGUGAUUUUAUUAUGGAGGCUGAUUCUUUGUAUUUAACUAGAUAAGGUGGAAUGCAAUCAGUAACAAGAUGGUUGGAGAAAAAACUGUCAAUUCAAGUCAACAGGGAGAGCAGUCAGUGAUUUUGGCUUCCCCACCCUCGCAGAAAUGCAGGGGUGAGCACCAGCUCAUAGCAGCCCGGCUCACGCUGCCUGUGCCCUGUCUCUACGGCUCUCUUCAGCUUUCAUAGCUGCCUUUAGUUGCUCUGCCUGGGUAGCUUAAGUACUAGACUGUAGCCUUUGUCAUUACCAUCAAAUAAAGAAAAUAAAAUCUUUACUAAGUGACCAUGUAAGUGGUUCUCUGCUAGACCCAUCAGAUGGCUGAAACUGGACAUUAAAUUGUAUGAAGGGUGAGAAGGCAGCGUCACUAUUAAUAGGGAUUCAUUUAUAUAUAUGUGAUCAUUUUUACCAAUGUUAAGUUAGUUUGGGGUGGGCUAGCAUGGAUUAAUUAACAACUACAUCCUGUAUCAGUAUCAUCAAUCUGGAAUUAGACUUUAAGAUUCAAGCAGUGACCGCCAGGUAAACUUUUUCUAUAUUUUUUUUGUAUGCAAGGGGGACUUGGCUGUCUUGAAGUAAAAUUGUUGGUUUUCGCCUUUUCAACUAUCUUUAAGUUUCUGGUGCUCUUGAAAUAUGCUUUUGUAUCAACUAAUUCAGGUUCAUUAAAAACAUUCAUUGCCACCAAA